AUGUCGUCGCAGCCGCCGCGCGACAACUACCAGUACUUGCUGUCCGACUCGCUGCACUCGCUCAGCAUGCCUUACUCGUUCCACCAUCGGCUGCCGUGCAGCUCGCCCUCCAGCGUGCAGCCGAUGGACCUGAACACGCACUCGGCCGCCUCAGCGGCUGCGGCUGCGGCAGCUGCCGCCUCGGCCGCUGCCUACAGCCAGUCGAUCAGUAUGACCGACCUUACGCAGAUGACGCCGCCGAGUGCCGCCGCGGCCGCCGCAGCCGCCGCCGCCGGCCUGCCGCCUGUCCCACCCCGCCACCUGCCCAUCAUCACCAGUGCGAUCGCGUCCAACGUGGGGGCGGCUGGCGGUGGAGGCGGCGGCUCCGGCGGCACUCCGGGCGGCUCGGCGGCUAAUGAGCUCGAAUCGUCUGGCGGUGCUGGUGGAAGCGGGGGCGGUACCGGCGCUGGCUCGGGGAACUCCGGUGGCCAACAACAACAGCAACAGCAACAGCAGCAACAGCAGCAACAACAACAGCAGCAGCAACAACAACAACAGCCCCAGCCGCCAAGCGGCCAUUACAUCACGCGGCUAGAAUAA